CUUUUAUGUGCUCUCGCCUGCCCAUCCUUGCGCCUUCUCCUCCCUUCUCUCUCUCAUCUCUCUCCUUCCCGGGUACACGCCUCACGCUCCUUUGUGGUCGUUUCAGGUUGAGAGCAUUGUUGUGCGGUCAUUGCUCUUGUCACUCUUUAUCAGUCCAAUCCACACUCUCUAUUGAUUGACUGCGUGUCUCCCGGCCUGUUGACCGUUUGUUGAUAAAACUGCGUUGAUACCCCUCCCGUUUGAAGCACCCUUGUCACAGAUUCCGCUUUGAAAGCCCAAUCAAUACAAACACUUCACGAUGCAGCUCAAGAACUCCAUGCUUCUGGUUGCGGCGCUGACGGCUGGCUCCUCCGUCGCCCGCCUGCACGGCCAUGAGCGCCGCCACACCCACCACGAUGAGAAGCGUGCUGUCGGUGACAUCGUCAUCGCUACCAUCGACGGCGUCCAGGUCUCCUGGACCAACGAAUGGUCUGGCGUUGCGGCCACGACCAAGGUCGAGUCCUUCGCUACCACUGAAUCCUUCGAGGCCGAGGUUACCGGCGCGACUGUCGCCAGCUCCGUCGUCGCCUCCGUCUCUGCUGUGCCCACCGCCAGCUCCACCCCGGUCACUGCUUCGGGCUCUUGCUCCAGCUGGACCGACACCCAGUCCAGCGGUGACUACUCCCGUGCUGGCUUCGGAAAGUCCACCGUCAGCAAGCGUGACGUCUCACCCCUCGACAAGCGUACCACCAACGCCAUCUACUACACCGGCAACGUCGGUUCUCCCUGGGGUAGCAACAUCAUUGAGGUCACCGCCGACAAUGCUUGCGAGUACAAGAACGUCGUCCGUAUCGACGGCAGCGAGACCGACGACUGGACCGUCGUGUUCUGGAACAAGAUCGGUCCCGAUGGUGGCCUGAACGGCUGGUACGGCAACUCUGCUCUGACCCUCACCGUCGCCUCCGGCGAGACCAAGUACAUUGCUUUCGACGACGACUCCCAGGGUGGCUGGGGUGCCGCCAAGGGUGACAAGCUCCCCACUGACGAGUACGGCGGUUACUCCUGCACCUGGGGUGAAUUCGACUUUGCCAACACCAGCAACGACGGCUGGUCCGGCUGGGAUGUGUCUGCCAUCCAGGCCCAGAAUGCCAACCAGGAUGUCCAGGGUAUGAAGAUCUGCUCCCACACCGGCAGCGGCUGCUCCAGUAUCACCACCUCGGCGGCCGACGUGAUCAACGCCUACACUGCCAACCUCGCCUCUGCCGAUGGCAUCGGUGGCUCCUGCAGCUCCGGCCCCGUCCGUCUGGAGGUCAGCAUCGACUACUCCGCUUAGACGUUGGCCCGCGGUGGCAAUUUCUUUUUGUUUCUUUUGCUUCUCUCUCGGAUAUUCAAUUCGGUAAGAUUGGCUUGGGGUUGGGGGUGUUUGUUGUGUGCAAAGCCUGUAAUGGGUCCUCGUGAGUCGAGACGGACAAAUCCAAUCCCUCGCAGCGGAAGUGAGGGUUACAUUGCCGGUCCGGCCCUUGCAGUCACUAUGGCACGUCCAACUUUAAGGAUUUACUUGCUUGUCUGUUCGGCUGUACAUACAUAUACCACAUGCUGUUUAUGUCCAAUUGUUUCCUUCACCCAUAGUAAAUAAUAUGUUACUUA